CUGUCACUUCCGGAUGCGGUGAAACGGGAGACGGGGGAAAAUACCGCACGUAAAUGGAUUAAUUUAAAUGACAGUCCCUAUCCACAAAGUCCACGGGAACCUCAGUGCAGUGCAGUAUGGAUCCAGCGAGUCAAAACCACGUUUUUGAGACUGUUUCUUGAUUCUGUCGUGUGUCGGCGUCCGCCAGUCGCCUUUGUUUUUAUUGAGCAACCGUGUUUCAGUGUUUUUGCUAGCUUAAGCCUGUGGAGUUAAUGUUGCUGUAACGUUAGCUCGUCAACGCAGACACAACUACCUCUCUGGUCAAAAUAUAACUCUAAUACUAACGUUACUCUUAUUUUGUCAGUCAUUCCCAAUGUUGGCUACACUGUUGAGUUUAUUUAAGUGCAGCUGAGAAGUCCUCGGAGUUUGUUUUGGUUGGUUUCAGGCUCGCAGAGGGCAGCGACUAGUCCCUGUCAACACGGCCGAGGAAGGGACAGAUCUACAUCUCUCCAGGAAGGAAUUUGGAGGAACCUGAAAUCAUGUCUGAACUGGUUUACUGAAGUGGCAAAAUGGAUUUGAGAUGGACUUCAGCAACAGCACAGAAAACAAUCCACGCACUUUAUAAAUAACACUUCGCUGACAGCCAGCGGGCUUCACUUUAGCCUACUUUUGCUUUCCCUUUUUUUUUUUUUCCUUCUUUUUUUUUGCUGACAGGGCAUUUGUGCUAACUGACAGCAUCCUGGCUUUUUAUGUGGCUAGCUGUUUGAAGUAAAAGAGGUGUUUUUGUUCUGUUUUAUUUUUAAAGUGACCUGUUUUUCUCCCCGGAAUAAGCUCUUCAACUCAACAGUGAAGGAUGAAUGGCCUCUCUCUCAGUGAGCUCUGCUGCCUGUUCUGCUGCCCUCCCUGUCCCAGCCGAAUCGCAGCCAAGCUCGCCUUCCUGCCCCCUGAGCCCACAUAUGCUCUCUUGCCAGAGCUAGAGGCAGGCCCCACUGCGCCGGGGGCAACAGGGACAUCGGGCCUGCGUGCGCGGAGUGGUGCGGCGGUUGCGGGUAGUGGAGGGACUGCAACUGUGGAGGGGAGGUGGAAGCUCCACCUGACGGAGCGAGCAGAGUUUCAGUACUCGCAGAGAGAGCUGGACACCACCGAGGUGUUCCUGACUCGCUCCAGUCGAGGGAACAGAAUCGGUUGCAUGUACAUUCGCUGUGCCCCUAACGCCAGAUUUACAGUGCUUUUUUCGCAUGGUAACGCAGUCGACCUUGGCCAGAUGAGCAGCUUCUACAUCGGCCUCGGGAGUCGCAUCAACUGCAACAUCUUCUCCUACGAUUACUCAGGCUACGGCGUUAGCAGUGGUAAGCCGUCUGAGAAGAACCUCUACGCAGACAUUGAUGCUGCUUGGCACGCCCUGCGAACACGGUAUGGCAUUAGUCCAGAGAACAUUAUCCUGUAUGGACAGAGCAUUGGCACAGUACCCACUGUAGACCUGGCGUCACGGUAUGAGUGUGCUGCUGUGGUGCUUCACUCCCCGCUUACCUCUGGCAUGAGAGUGGCGUUCCCCGACACGAAGAAAACCUAUUGCUUUGAUGCCUUCCCCAACAUUGAAAAGGUGUCCAAAAUCACAUCUCCAGUGCUGAUCAUCCACGGGACAGAGGACGAGGUGAUUGACUUCUCCCACGGCCUGGCCCUGUUCGAGCGCUGCCCCAAGGCCGUGGAGCCUUUGUGGGUGGAAGGAGCGGGACACAAUGACAUCGAACUGUACAGCCAGUAUCUGGAGCGCCUGCGCCGCUUCAUAGGACAGGAGCUGGCAGCACAACAUGCCUGACCAUCACACCUCACCACUAAUUAAUCAUUAUCAUCUCUCCUGGCCUACGUCACGAUACACCUCUCUCCGUCUAAGAUGGGAAUGACACCACCGGUUCCUCUCCUGUUCCACUUAAGUUUCGGUAUUGUCUUUGGUCGUCCCAGCAUCGUAGCAGCAUCCCUGUUUUGGAGUUGGAAUGGCAAUGACACAAGUUAAUAAAACUCAAAAAAGGAAUGGACCUACUCCUCCUUCAUUUUAGUGACAUAUAACACUGUUUCUGUUUUUUUUUCUUUUGUUUUGUUUUGUUUUGUUUGUGUUCUUCAUAUGUGUCACAACAGUAGCUCAUGGCUGACACAGACACGGCAAUCCUUGUGUCUCUCAGCAGUGGGAGUACUGUGCAAGAUCGCUACAUUAUCCAGGCCUAGGUUUUCUACCUCUAGCCUGUUUUUAUGUCCCUUUAUCUUUAAACCUGCCCAUCAAGAGGUCCUCUUGCUUAUUUCCAUUCCACUUUUCAGGGCAAUUCUCUCAAUUUCCGAAGUGAUUAAAAAAAUCUUCACUUCAGAUACUUCUUUACUGAUUCUUUUUCAGAUACCUCCUCACAUAGUCAGGCUUUUGACAAGUAACUGAGACUAAAUUUUCUCAUUGUGACGAUGGAACAUAGUUUCACCUGAUUGGAAUUCAUCCCCACCCUGCGACAGUCUAACAUAUGAGCAGAUGUUUUGUUCCAAUACUGCACUAUUGUUCCCUCUUUUAUUUGUUUACAGAAAAUGAGUUUUAACGGCUCCAUCAGAGAGCGCAGUAAUGAGCUGUUAGGAGGCACUGAUAUUUUGGCAUUUGAAAUUGGACGGGUGGAUGAUGCGUGGCAUUUUGUCAUUUAUCAUCCCAAAUGAUAACGUUAUUCAGCCACAGCUACGUGCCCUACUGUCAGGUAAAACUGAGUUGUGAUUGACAGCACACAGGCUGGGUGUGAUUGCAGAAUUUUCUCUGUCCCGAGUCUGUUCUGUCUCUCACGUUCUGGUUUACAGUCUUUAAAACAACUGCUUGUAAUAUUUGUCCAUGUCUAUGCAUAGUUUGCUGCAUUGACCAAGAACUGCCGGAUGAUGAUCAGGCUUCAUUUGAAUCUAAAAAGCGAUCAGAGCAAGAAGUCCUUCACAAUUAUGAAGUAUUUGUACUUGUUUUUAUCGCUAGCUUCUUUGUAACACUUUGAAAUCAGGUUCAGUGUUGAUUUUGCUGCACAGCGGUGAGUAACAGAGUGAUGUAUCGUGGAGUAUCUUUAUAGCUGCCGUCUAAUUUGUGACAGUUGAAAACUCUAGCUCGAUCAUGUUGUAUUGCACUUGUGAUUUACUGCUAUUUUGGCUCCGAUCAUUUGGGGAAAUAUCACUUUAAUCAGUAUAAUUUGUCCUGUUCUGCUGUAGUUACAGGCUACAUUUUCUGUACCAAUAUUGUGAUCAGUACACAAAAUGGACUGAUACAAAGCUAUGCCACUGGGCUGCAAUAUUUGUCUUAUUAUGAGCAGGCAAAUGAGAUAAAUCCCAAGUCAUUUCUAUUUGUUGCACAUUGAGACAAACUCCGUAGUUUUUGGCUAACCACCAUGACAAUAUUACCCAGCCUCUCUGACUAUUCCUAGUUACCAGUUGAUGAAAAAAACACUGCUCUACCAACCAGACAUGAUGAGCGGGAAGAUUGAGACUGAAGAGUUGGGAUUUUCAGACUUACUUUGUAUAUAUGAACCAAAGUCUAACAAUUUUUUUAGUGUUUUACCCAGUGCACCUGCUGUUUAUAUUGAUAUCUUGAGAACCAAAGACAAAAAAAUGUUUGAAUUUAAGAUCUUUGACUGACUUUUAUUUAUCUAGCCGGUUGGUCUGAUGUCUUUCCACUAUAUAUUUGAACACAACAUUAAAUUUGUCAGAUUGCUCCCAAAAUUCAUUUUGAGACCAAUUAGGCAAAUAUUUUACUCUAUCAUGUCUGCUUUCACAUUUACAGGAAGAGUUUGAAUAGCAUAAAUAAACUUGUUUGUGGGCUUUUUUUUCUCAAAGGGACUAAACUCACACUUGAUUGUGUUUACCCCCUAUUGCGAUGCUCAUUUGUGAGGGAAUAUAAGCAAUACAGCAAAGCAGUGUGUUGAGGAAUGCUGAGAAUAACUUGAGUUGGAAAACAAACAACUGUGACAGCAGACACAUGAAAAGCUUUUGUUUAAAAAAUGUCUUUUUGAAAUGUAUGGCUCUCUCUGGGUUUUAUUUUGUGGUCAGGUUUGGGGUAACCUUUUUUUUGCGUGUUGCGUGGCAUAUCUUGUUAUCUGUUGUUUAUUAUCUACUUAUUUUUAGUAUCAAAGAUUUUGUCUUUUUCCAAGAAUUUAUAGAGAGAAUAGAAGGUAAUUAAGACAUAAUCACACAUUGAUAAUAAAUAUGGUUCUCUCCCUCUUUUUAAA